AUUCCCACGUGGAAGCGCAGAUGUCGAAAUUUUUUAAAAAUGGCAGCUUGGAAUAAUGUGAAGCAUGCUUUUUCAAGAAAUACUUUCAAAAGGGUUUUCAACGUUAAAUUAAAUGGAAAUCUUGUUAAAAAACAGUGCACUUUGACACACGUUUUGGAUGAUGUUCGACCGAGUGUCUCUGUGGUCAAUAUUUCGCCGAAGACAAGGCAGCUGUUAAAUACAAUUAACAAAAGUAAUAAGUGGAAUAAAUCUGUUUUGGAGAACAUCACACAGCGUUCAAGCUCUGUCAUAUGUUUACUUGGCAAUGGGAAUGCAACUUUGCUAACAAGCCUAUGUACAGCGCUAGAUGAACUUUCAACAGAGGGUGAUGACGAUUCAACAAAUAGGAAGAAACGUAUAUAUUUUCCAGAACAAUUAAACGAUGACCCAUAGAUUGUGAAGUAUCUGUAAUUCAGAUGAUCAGGAAGUUGAUUUGGAAGGUGGUUUGCCUUGGGAAGUGUAUUUUAAAUCUCUGAAGUUGUUUCAAAAGCAAGUCCUAACAGCAAAAAUUGGGAAUGUUUCAUGCUAACUUUGAAAGAUAGAUUUUUACAAGAUUAAAAGAUAUUUUAAAACCAAAAUUUUGUUGCUUCUCAUUAUUUUCUCCUU